AUGGUGUUCAACUUCAAGAAGCUCGCGUCAAUCGCCACCUUGGUCACGGUGAUGUCCACCCUCUGCACAUAUCCAAGUCCCGUCGCCGCGUCGCCGCUUGUUCCCCGCGCGCAGUGUGCCGCCACUCUCAGCACUGCCGCCAGCGUCGGGUCUCGCUUGCAGAGUAAGUACUGGAACGGGAGCGGAUGGGGCAUCUUUUGGACCGACGCUAACACGAUUGAGGACUUCUACAACCUGAUGUUGGCGGACGGCUCGACGACCUUCGACGUCGCGGACAACACGCGCAUCGGCCAGCUCGCACUCCAGCAAGACCGGAACGCAUGGAUCUCCGCGCUGAACGGUAGCAACGACGAUGCCGGGUGGAUCGUCCUUUCUCUCUGGAAGGUUGCCGAUUACCGAUCCACCCACGGCCAGAACGCUGCACCAUACCUUAAUAGCGCGUCCAUCGUCUACGACCUGAUCGCCGCAGAAUGGGACGAUUCUGUCUGCGGUGGCGGUGUGUGGUGGUCGAGCGCGCACACGUAUAAGAACGCGAUCACGAACGAGCUGUUCUUGUACAUCUCCGCCUCAGGCUACAACCGCUUCGGCAACGCCAACUACCUCGCGAACGCAAAGAAGACAUGGAAUUGGCUCCUCAAUUCAGGUAUCCGUAACUCCCAAGGCCUUUGGAACGACGGCCUGACGAGCUCGUGCGCGAACAACGGCCAGACGACCUGGAUAUACAACCAGGGCGUUAUCGCCUCCGGCCUCGGGGCGCUUUACAAGGCGACGGGCGACUCCUCGCUCAUCACGCAGGCCGAGACCACGCUGGACGCGACGAUCAACCACCUAACGGUGAACGGCAUUCUCAAGGAGAGCUGCGACAACGCCAACCCGACGUCGACAUGCGACAACGACCAGGCGAUGUUCAAGGGCAUCUGGAUGAAGCACCUCCAGUUCUAUCUCGAUAACGUGCCCGACCGCGUAUCCAAGUACCAGAGCUUCAUCGGGGCGCAGGAGUCGGCGGUGGUCCACUACGGCACCGGCUCGGGCUGGACGGUCGGCAACGUGUGGUACGCGCCGAGCAACGGCGGCUCGCUCUUUACAGCGGAGACUCAGACUUCUGGGCUUGCUGCCCACGUCUCCGCCGCGAAGUACGGCCCGUGCUGAUGGGUAGGGAGCGAUGGAAGCAACCUACGAGGCGACUGUGCCAUGAGAGGACCUGGAAAAUCUGUAGAUGUAACUUGAUACCCUGGCGUAGGAAUGUAGCGUAGCUCUUCCAAACAGUACGAAGGCAAACACAGGCAUAUACC